AUGGGGGCCAAAGAUUCCUGGUUCUUACGAUUCUUCGAGGUCUCGAAGGGGAAUCGUUUCUCUAUUUGCGGACUCGUUGUAGUUGAAGACGGGAUGGAUCGGCAGGGGACCUCAAGAAUUGCUGGCGAGAGAUCGGGCGCACAGCUAAACUCCACGGGAUCCAUCGAGAGGGUCCUCGACUCAAUCCGAGACUCAUGCCCCAACUCCUCGCAUGGGUGCACUGGGUCCAUGACCGACAACAACAACAAGCUCCACCACGAGAGGAUUUGCCCACACUCCCCUUCCUCAUGCCCCCAUCCCUACUGCUCCUACACCGGUCUCUCAUCUUUAGUCUAUCUUCAUUUUGCCGCAACUCACCCCAUCUUGAACAAGGUUCCUCGGGGAAAGCCUCCACAGCCCCUUGCGAUCAAUACCAGUGGUAAUUCUAUAAUGUCGAAGUCCUCUCAUCAGCCCGCCUUCCUUGCCGACCUCCAUUCGUUUCAACUGGGCUCUACUCUAGUGCCACCCUCCAUGCCGAACUUUGGGCGGCUGAGGUCUCCAGGAUCUAACGCGGCUGGGGUGCUUCUGAAAUCGAAGGUUGCUGAUCCCCUUGCAGCUACUGUUUUGAAGAUGUCUUCGAGGAUGGUGGUCACCAACGACAUUGGGGGCCAAUUUGCCUAUCUUCUAUCUAUCCUCCCCGAGAAGGAAAUAAACUGGUGGCGCGGGGACCAGGCCUUCCGAGCUUCUUAUGUACUCUCGCAUACUCUCCAAGCCUUGUCUGGGCUGGGUCCUCUUUUGGAUGAAGAGUUGUUAGGCAAGGGCAUUGCGGCCGAGAACAAACGACUAAAGUCAAACUCACUACUCGAGAGCAAACUUUUGACCAAAAAAGGGCCAAGCUAA